GACCGGAAGCGCCGGAAGCCACGCUGUGCGGCUGCAGGGGGAGUCGCGCUUCCUGUCUGAAUUGCUCGGCAGGCGGAGGGUGUGGGCCUGGGGGGCCCCCGCCCCAAUGGAGGCUGCUGGGGUGGCCCCUAUCAGAGCCCAGUGAGUAUUAGGGUGCCCCCCUCCGCACCCCAAACCUUCCCUAGACCCCCCCUCCUUCCUUCCCUGCCCUGCACCCCAAGGAACAUAGUAUCUCCUGCACUGACAGGCAGCGUCUUCCCUGGGAUUCGGGGUGGGGGGCGUGUGACCUUGGAUAUGUUAAUCAUAAUUAUAAUUUAUUUUCUAUCCCCUGCCCAUCUGGCUGGGUUUCCUCAGCCACUCUGGGCAGCUCCCAUUAGAAUAUUGCCACGGACCUGCCCAGUUCUAGGCUGAUGCCAUAAUAAUAAUAAUUUAUUAUUUAUACCCCACCCAUCUGGCUGGGUUUCCCCAGCCACGCUUGGUGCCUCCCAGCAGAAUAUUAUACACACGGUAAAUACAUCAAACAUUUAAAAACUUCCCUAAGCAGGGCUGCCUUCAGAUGUCUUCUAAAAGUCAGAUAGCUGUGUAUCUCCUUGACAUAGGAGGGCGUUCCACAGGGCAGGUGCCACUACCGAGAAGGCCCUCGGAGCUGGACCUCAGUGUCCGGGCUGGACGAUGGGGGUGAAGACGCUCCUUCAGGGAUACUGCGCCAAGGCCACUUAGCGCUUUCAAGGUCAGCACCAAUUGGGGGGUUUGAACCCAAGGCCUUCUGCAUGCCACUCUGGGCAGCUCCCAUUAGAAUAUUACCUUGGGCCUGCCCAGUCCUUGGCUGAUGCCCAAAUAAUAAUAAUAAUAAUAAUAGAUUAUUUAUACCCUGCCCAUCUGGCUGGGUUUCCCCAGCCACUCUGGUCAGCUCCCAUUACAAUAUUUAUUACCUUGGGCCCACCCAGUUCUAGGCUGAUGCCAUAAUAAUAAUAAUUUAUUAUUUAUACCCCACCCAUCUGGCUGGGUUUCCCCAGCCACGCUUGGUGCCUCCCAGCAGAAUAUUAUACACACGGUAAAUACAUCAAACAUCAAAAACUUCCCUAAAUAGGGCUGCCUUCAGAUGUCAUCUAAAAGUCAGAUAGUUGUUUAUUUCCUUGACAUCUGAGAGAUUUAAGAUUGUGAUCAAUGGUUGCAAAGCAAAUGGUAUCUCGGUAGCUUUGCAAGAUGUGCAGCAGGCUUCCUUUGCAGGAGGAUCCCAACUCCCAUGAAUGCCUCUAUUUGAAUGUUUCCUAAGCCCAUAACCUUCGUUCAUGACACAAAAUCUCUGAUGGGUCAUUUUCUCUCUUAAAAAGACAAAGCUUCCCAAACAUGUAUGCACGGAGCUUCUUGGAGCAUGUGGGGGGUUUCAUUUUUAUUUGAGAGCCCACAGCGUGGUGUAGUGACUAGAGUAUUAAACUAGGACCUGGGAGAUAAAGGUAAAGGGACCCCUGACCAUUAGGUCCAGUUGUGGCCGACUCUGGGGUUGUGGCGCUCAUCUCGCUUUAUUGGCCGAGGGAGCCGGCGUACAACUUCCGGGUCAUGUGGCCAGCAUGACUAAGCCGCUUCUGGCGAACCAGAGCAGUGCACAGAAACGCCAUUUACCUUCCUGCCGGAGUGGUACCUAUUUAUCUACUUGCACUUUGAUGUGCUUUCAAACUGCUAGGUUGGCAGGAGCAGGGACCGAGCAAUGGGAGCUCACCCUGUCAUGGGGAUUCGAACCGCCGACCUUCUGAUCGGCACGUCCUAGGCUCUGUGGUUUAACCCACAGCACCACCCGCGUCCCUAGGACCUGGGAGACCUGGGUUCAAAUCCCCUCUCAGCCAUGAAGCUCAGUGGGUGACCUUGGAGUCAGUCACAGUCUCUCAGCCUUCACAGGAUUGUGGGAAGGAUAAAAUGGGGAGGAGGCAGACGAACAUGUAUGCAAUCCUGAGACCACUGGAGAAAAGAUGGAAAAUAAAUCCAAUAAUGAAUAAACUAUAAAAAAGUUCUUGGGGGUUGGGGUGCAGAUUCUUCUGAUGGGAAGUAUUUUUGUCACCGUGUGGUAAAAUAGAACCCUUAUACAGUGGUACCUUGGUUCUUGAACUUAAUCCGUUCUGGGAGUCCGGUUGACUCCCAAAACUGUUCAAAAACCAAGGCAUGGCUUCCGAUUGGCUGCAGGAGCUUCCUGCACUCAAUCGGAAGCCGUGUCAGAUGUUUGGCUUCCAAAAAACGUUCACAAACAGGAAAACUUAGUUCCAAGUUUGCAGUGUUCAGGAGCCAAUUUGUUCAACAACUAAACUGUUGGGGAACCAAGGUACCACUGUAUUUAAGUACUGAGUUAAAAACCCGUAAAUCACAAAAAUGUAGCCCUCUAGUGACUCUAUGAAGCAUCACUUGUAGGUGAUGUGGUGUGGACACGGAGCUUCACAACUCUUCUCCCCUAUAGGUACCUCUCUACAAAAGAAAAGUUCCACACGUACCUUGAUCGGGAAGGGGAGGUGACGAAUGAGAAAGAUGGCGAUGUGCUAGCUGCAGAGGACAGUGCAGAGAGUAAUACCGGUGGAGACCUGAAUGAGCCUCCUGCCAAACUGCAGAAGCUGAGAAAUGAUGGAAGCAAUGCAGAAGAAAAGAACUCGCCGGAAGAGGAAAACAGAACUGCGAAGGAUCCUCAGGGCCACAAGAGGGCCCGGGGACAGAAUAAGGGCCGCCCUUGCAUGAAGCCGACUCACUACGAGAAGAACCGCCUCUGCCCUUCAGUCGUCCAGGUAAACUAUGUGUGAGGAUGAUUAGGACUUGAUGAAGAGAUUGACAAAAUUUGAGAGCUCCUAGCCCUGUUAAUGGCAUGGGGAUGCAGGUGGCGCUGUGGUCUAAACCUUGCCGUUCGGAAGGUUGGUGGUUCGAAUCCCCGCAAUGAUGGGGUGAGCUCCCGUUGCUCGGUCCCAGCUCCUGCCAACCUAGCAGUUCGAAAGCUCGCCAGUGCAAGUAGAUAAAUAGGUACCACUCCGGCAGGAAGGUAAACUACGUUUCCGUGCGCUCUGGUUUCCGUCACGGAAAGCCAGAGAUCAGGCAUAGAUAAGAAACUAAGAGUGAUGAAGAAAAAUUGAAAAGGUGAAAAUAAAAUUCUUACUGGGAAUAUAUGUAUAUAACAACAUCGAUGAUGGUUUGUAUUUCUUAAAAAUCGAAUGUUCUUGAUAAGAUUUUUGUUUUAACUCUAUUCUUUCUUUUCUUCUUUAUCUUUUUCCUUUUCUUUUCUUUUCUAUUUCUUUGGUGUAGAUCUUUUCAUUAUUACAGAACAUUGUAUUUUCAUUAUGUGUAAUUUUAAAUGUGUAAAUAAAGAUAUAUUUCUUUAAGGUUUUUGCCACAGGUCACUUGUUGGACGUGAUGGGAUUAAGGGACGCAGGUGGCGCUGUGUUUUAAACCACAGAGCCUAGGACUUGCCGAUCAGAAGGUUGGCGGUUUGAAUCCCCGCGACGGGGUGAGCUCCCGUUGCUUGGUCCCUGCUCCUGCCAACCUAGCAGUUCGAAAGCACCCCAAAAAGUACAAGUAGAUAAAUAGGUACCGUUCUGGCGGGAAGGUAAACGGUGUUUCCGUGUGCUGCUCCAGAAGCGGCUUAGUCCUGCUGGCCACAUGACCCGGAAGCUGUACGCCGGCUCCCUCGGCCAGUAAAGCGAGAUGAGCGCCGCAACCCCAGAGUCGGUCACGACUGGACCUAAUGGUCAGGGGUCCCGUUUUAAAGAGGAGGUUGCUGAAUUGUAGGGUGUAAGACGACCAGGGCAUGACCUGCAACUUCAUACUGUAUAUAUAUUUAAAAACCUAUGCUACCCUCCUUUAAAGCAGCCUCUUUCUCUUGUUGAAGGAACGGGCCGAUAAGUGCUUCUUUGGCUCACGCUGCCGUUUCCUACACAGCGUCAAAGAAUAUAUGGCCACCAAGCCGCCGGACCUGGGAGACAGCUGCAUACUCUUCAAGAUGUUCGGCAGGUGCAUGUAUGGGGUCACCUGCCGGUUUGCUGCAGCCCACCUAGGCGAGGACUACGAGAACGUCAUCGAUGAAGGCCUCUUGAAGCAGCGGGAGGGGAAGCCGCCAGCCGUGAAGAACAGCCUGGGCAAAGACCUCCAGCAGCAGCUGCGCAAAAAGAAGUUUCCUUUCGACAAGUCCAACCAGUACCUCUGCCGCUUAGCUAAGCCCAACCACACGAAGGGGGGUAGGAGCCAAGCGGCGGUCCCACACCCCACCGUGGGGAGAGAGGCCGCGGACUCUUCCGCCUCCCCAGGAAGCGUGGAUCUCAGAGCUCCAGGAGAAGAGGCGGCAAAGGUUGCUCCUUCUUCGCCAAAAGAAGGUCCCACGGUGGAGGAACCGGAGAGUCCAAGUCAGCCGCUGGCCGCAGUGGAAUCCGCACUCAAAACGUCUGGGGUUGUGACAGAUGAAGAUCUUGUGAAACUUCGACCGUGUGAGAAGAGAAAGGUAAGGGCUGUUUGUGUUACCAUAUGCAGUCAUACCUCGGGUUACAGACGCUUCAGGUUGCGUUUUUGUGGGUUACGGACACGCCGAAACCCGGAAGUACCGGAACGGGUUACCUCCGGGUUUCGGCUGUCGCGCAUGCGCAGAAGCGCUAAAUUGUGCUUUGCGCAGAAGUGCCGAAUGGCAACCCAUGCGUACGCAGAUGCAACACUGCGGGUUGCGGACGUGCCUCCCUCACGGAACACGUUCGCAACCUGAGCGUCCACUGUAUAUAUUUUUUUAGUUAUUCAGAGCGAUGCAGAGGUUUCACCCUCAAACCUCAGGGAUGAAUUAGAUGAAUUAGACUCCACACACAGGACUUGAAGAUGAAUCUUUACAGUGGUACCUAGGGUUACAUACGCUUCAGGUUACAUACACUUCAGGUUACAUACUCCGCUAACCCAGAAAUAGUGCUUCAGGUUAAGAACAUUGCUUCAGGAUUGCCAAUGCAAUUCUGGGCUGCAUCAAUAGGAGUAUAGCAUCUAGAUCAAGGGAAGUAAUAGUGCCACUGUAUUCUGCUCUGGUCAGACCUCACCUGGAGUACUGUGUCCAGUUCUGGGCACCACAGUUCAAGAAGGACACUGACAAACUGGAACGUGUCCAGAGGAGGGCAACCAAAAUGGUCAAAGGCCUGGAAACGAUGCCUUAUGAGGAACGGCUAAGGGAGCUGGGCAUGUUUAGCCUGGAGAAGAGGAGGUUAAGGGGUGAUAUGAUAGCCAUGUUCCAAUAUAUAAAAGGAUGUCACAUAGAGGAGGGAGAAAGGUUGUUUUCUGCUGCUCCAGAGAAGCGGACACGGAGCAAUGGAUCCAAACUACAAGAAAGAAGAUUCCACCUAAACAUUAGGAAGAACUUCCUGACAGUAAGAGCUGUUCGACAGUGGAAUUUGCUGCCAAGGAGUGUGGUGGAGUCUCCUUCUUUGGAGGUCUUUAAGCAGAGGCUUGACAACCAUAUGUCAGGAGUGCUCUGAUGGUGUUUCCUGCUUGGCAGGGGGUUGGACUCAAUGGCCCUUGUGGUCUCUUCCAACUCUAUGAUUCUAUGAUUCUAUUCUAUGAUAGGAUAAGAACAGAAAUCGGGCUCCGGCAGUGCGGCAGCAGCAGGAGGCCCCAUUAGCUAAAGUGGUGCCUCAGGUUGAGAACAGUUUCAGGUUAAGAACGGACCUCCGGAACGAAUUAAGUACUUAACCUGAGGUACCACUGUACUUGUCAGGAUGGCAACAAUUGAACAGUUUGCAUUAUUCAUAUAUAUUAAGUCCAGUGCAAUGCAUUUCUCACCCUUGCGCCCAAGAGAGGGUUUAGUCCUUUUGCUUUCAAAACUCAUUCAUGUUGUUGUUUAGUCGUGUCCGCCUCUUCGUGACCCCCUGGACCAGAGCAUGCCAGGCACUCCUGUCUUCCACUGCCUCCCGCAGUUUGGUCAAACUCAUGCUGGUAGCUUCGAGAACACUGUCCCACCAUCUCGUCCUCUGUCAUCCCCUUCUCCUUGUGCCCUCCAUCUUUCCCAGCAUCAGGGUCUUUUCCAGGGAGUCUUCUCUUCUCAUGAGGUGGCCAAAGUAACAUUCGUAGCAGUGCAUAAAUUAUUAGCCCACACCUUACACUUCCUGACACAUGACUUGCAUUUUCAUGAUUUUUGUCUUACAGCUAGAUCUCCACGAGAAGCUUUAUUUAGCUCCUUUAACAACGGUAGGUAGAUGUUUGUUUGUUUGUUUGUUUUAUAGAUCUUCCUUCAUUGUAGGGAUAAUCGUGGAGUGGGCAGUGGGGUCCGGAGAGAGCACACUCCCCACCAGCAGGCAGCCACUGUCUGCCUGCACGCGUGACCCUGGGGUGCAGGGCACACGCACCCCCAGACAAGCCACAGCUGUCUGAACAUCGUUCCCUCUGUCUGACCUUUUGCGGUCUCAGCAGUCUGCGGUGUCCUGUCUGUAACCUUUGUCCCUGAGACCUUUUGUCUCCUUCGUCAUACACCGUGCAAGGGGAAAAUGACGCUGUGGAAACAGGUGCCAAAACAACUUUGUACCACCCCACGAUCUCGGGACUGGAAGAUGUGUAAAGGUCACAGCCCAAAAUGUAUCUGCCUGGGUUUGCAUAUUGUGUCAAUAAAAGGAGCCUCCACAGGGCUGGCGGGCAGCUUGCAAGCAGCUCACUGAUGAUCACCCCCAGUCUUGUGCCUUCACUUCACUUCAUCACAAGAUCUCGGGGUGGUUUACAACCUAAAAAUACAAGGUAAAAGCACACAUAAACAAACUAAUAGCCCCCGCUCCCACAAAAACAUUUGAAAGGCUGUAGAAUGUUAAUCAGCCAAAGGCCUGGUUGAAGAGGAACUUUUUCACCUGGUGCCUAAAAUAUGUAACAAAGGCACCAGGUGAGCCUCUCCGGGGAAAGCGUUCCACAAGCAGGGAGCCACUGCAGAAAAGGCCCUGUUCUCGUGCUGCCCCACUCUGGACCUCAUGUGGAGGACACACAUGAAGAAAGGCUUCUGGUGGUGAGGGUCCCGGUCAGUUCCUAUGAGCAGGGGUGGUGCUUGAAGUAUUACAGUCCUGAUCCAUUCAAGGCUUUAUAGGUCAAACCAGCACUUCGAAUUAGGCCCAGAAACUGACUGGCAGCCAGUACAUUCGGGCCAGGAUCUCUGCAAUAGACUUAAACCAUCUUGUCCCAGUGAGCAACUGGGCUGCCAAAUUCUGCACCGGCUGAUGUUUCCGAACCGUCUUCAGAGGCAGCCCUAUGUACAGUGUGUUGCAUUAAUCUAACCUGGAGGCUACCAGAGCAUAGAUGACAGUAGUCCAGACAGGGGCGUAGCUGGGCCACAGUCGAAGCUGAUGGAAGACACUGAGGCCACCUGCGCCUUGAGUGACAGCAAGGGAUCUAGGAGUUCCCCCAAGCUAUGAACCUGCUCCUUCAGGGGAAGUGUAACCCCAUCAAGAGCAGGUAACCUCCCAUCAAUCUGGCCUAGGGAACUGCCCACUAACAGUGCCUCAGGCUGUGUCCUGUGCUUCAGUUUGUGUGUCUUCGGCAUACAGUGGUACCUCAGGUUACAGGCGCUUCAGGUUACAGACUCCGCUAACCCAGAAAUAGUACCUCGGGUUAAGAACUUUGCUUCAGGAUGAGAACAGAAAUUGUGCAGCAGCGGCAGCAGGAGGCCCCAUUAGCUAAAGUGGUACCUCAGGUUAAGAACAGUUUCAGGUUAAGUACGGACCUCCAGAAUGAAUUCUUAACCUGACGUACCACUGUAUAGCUGACCACGUACUCCCAACUGGCAUUCCAACUCCCCUUUCCUUUUUUUUUAAUAAUAUUUAUUAAAAUUUCACAAGAAAAAAAACCACAUUAAUGAAGAAAAAAUUAACAAUAAACAGAAAAAAUACAAAGGAAAAAAGGAAAAAACAAUUAAAAACAAUUUCAUCUUUUCCUCACUUCUUUUACAUUUGAUUUUAAUUAAUUUUAUAAUGAAUGUUUUUAGAAUGUUGGAUUAUUUUGAUUGUUGUUAGCCGCCCUGAGCCCAGCUUCGGCUGGGGAGGGCGGGAUAUAAAUAAAAUUUAUUAUUAUUAUUAUUAUUAUUAUUAUUAUUAUUACAUUUACUUGUUUCUCGGACCUCCUCUUACCUCCCUCUUUUGUAUUCUAGUUAAAUAUGUUAGUCCAACAGUUCCUUUCCCUCCUUUUUAAUCCUAAUCUUUAAUCUUGAUAUAAUAUAGCUUUAAAUUUUAGAUUUUACAUAUUAAAACCAAUUUUUCCAUAUUCUUUUAGCCUGUACAGCUAGAAACCCCUUAACUUCAAUCCAACAUCAUUCUAACAUUCAUUAAUUUUGCAGUAUUUCUGUAACUCCCCCUUCCUUACCCGAGAAUAGCUGCCCCCGUUAUUCAUAUGUAGCUGAAUUUUUGUCACCUUUGCAAAUUCUUACAGCGAAACCUGCCUGCCCCCUGGCUGCUGUGACAAUUUAAGCAUGCUGGUUGUGUGGGGAGAGAGAGAGUUCUGCUUAAGGCUUACAAAAACAAGAUACAGUGAUACCUUGGUUCUCGAACAGCCUAGUUCACGAACAACUUAGAACCCGAACGUCGCAAACCCGGAAGUGAGCGUUCGGUUCUUGAUUAUUUUUUUUAAGUCGAACAUGUCCCAAGUUUCCGUUUUUAGUGUUGUGCAUACGUUUUUAGAGAAUUGGGCCGGUGAGGAAAAGCAUCCCUGCAGCUCUCUCUGAAGCCCAGCCUCUUUGAUGUGUGUGUAAGAGAGACAUCUCUCUCUUGAAAGAUCACACUGAUUGGGGCGGUGGGGAGAAGCAUUUUAAUAAUAAUAAUAAUAAUAAUAAUAAUAAUAAUAAAUUUUAUUUAUAUCCCGCCCUCCCCAGCCGAAGCCGGGCUCAGGGCGGCUAACGACAAUAAAAUAGUGCAACAUUCUAAAAACAUUUCAUUGUAAAAAAUAAUUAAAAUCAAAUUGAUGGCAACCAUUAAGCUAAACUUCUGUGACGAUUGCCAAAGGAGGGAGUCAGGCUGCGCCCUGGCCAAAGGCCUGGUGGAACAGCUCUGUCUUGCAGGCCCUGUGGAAAGAUGUCAAGUCCCGCAGGGCCCUAGUCUCUUGUGACAGAGCGUUCCACCAGAUUGGAGCCACAGCCGAAAAAGCCCUGGCUCUGGUUGAGGCCAGCCUAACCUCUCUGUGGCCUGGGACCUCCAAGAUGUUUUUGUUUGAAGACCGUAAGUUCCUCUGUGGGACAUACCAGGAGAGGUGGUUUUAGGGAUAGUUUUUCAACAGUCUGGAACUGAUUAAUCCGUUUUGCAUUACUUCCUAUGGGAAAGCACGCCUUGGUUUUGGAACGCUUUGGUUUUGGAAUGGACUUCCGGAACGGAUUAAGUUCGAGAACCAAGGUACCGCUGUAUUGGAACAUCUGGUUAGGAACAGGUGAAAAGCUGGAAUUGUGAAUUGGUUGAAAUGGAUGGAAAGAGCCCUGGAACUUAGCUGCAGCGCCAGCAGCUAUUCCCAUUCAGUCUUCAAACGCUGCACGUUGUGAGAUCGGGCCGUGUCUUUGUUUAGACGUGGUGUCUUGCUUGUCCUGUCUCGAGACCUGCCCCGAGGCAACCGUAACACUCCAUUCUCCUGAUUUCUUCCGGGGAUUUCAGUGCGGCAACCUUCCUUUCCGAAGAAUAUGCAAGCGGUUUGGGGCGGACGUCACCUGCGGCGAGAUGGCCGUUUGCACAAACCUGCUCCAGGGGCAGUCGUCCGAGUGGGCAUUGCUGAAGAGACACGACACAGAGGAUCUCUUUGGCGUUCAGGUAGAUUGAAGGCAGACUCUCAAUACAGCGGGGGAGAGAGAACAGGAGCAAGCCGCUUCUUCUGCGGCUAGUGGAGAUGGCCUUGCUGGUCUUCUCCUGGCUGCCGUCUUCUGCCUGGCUGACGUGAUGCUCAAAGUGGUCCCAGUUCCCCGUGGCUGGUAGCAGAGGCCAGACUGUGCUUCCUUUCACCUCUGACUUCCCACAGCCACUGGAGCUUGGAGAAGAGAGUUCUUCCUGGUGGGAGGAGAGGGAGAGAGAAAGCUCUUUGCAGCUCCUGAAAGAGCGUCUCCACCCCCAUCGUUCUGUCCGGACACCGAGGUCCAGCUCCAGUGGCCUUCUGGCAGUUCCCUCACUGCAAGAAGCAAAGUUGCAGGGAACCCGGCAGAGGGCCUUCUCGGUAGUGGCACCCACCCUGUGGAACACCCUCCCAUCAGAUGUGACAUCUGAAGGCAGCCCUGUUUAAGAAAGCUUUUAAUAUUUGAUGAAUUAUUGUAUUUUAGUAUUCUGCUGGAAGCCGCCCAGGGUGGCAGGGGAAACCCAGCCGUAUGGGCGGGGUAUAAAUAAAUUAUUAUUAUUAUUAUUCCUUCUCCGGCUGAUAGAUGCUCCCCCAUGGGAAGCUAAUCGGUCUCAAUAACCCUCCCCUCCAGGAAUUCCCUUUUAAGGCCAUCUUUAACCGAAAGCCAUUGCCAGCUUCAUCGGUAGUUAGCAGAAGUAAAGGUGGAAGGAGAUGAUAUACUUUUGUUGGGGGUUGUUUUUAAUACUGUCUCCUUGUUUUGGGUAUUAUAAACCCUCGUUUGGAGUUGCCUUGUUCUCCUAAACGAUGGUUGACGCUGGCCAUAGUUGGUUGCGUUUAGACAUAGCAGGCUGGGGCCGAGGCAGGAGCUCCCAAACUCCUUGCAGCACUGGAGGGAGGAGCGGUGGUGAUCAGCCAUGAUGCUCAUGCGUUUUGCACUAAACCAUAGUCUUAAGUCUGCCACGCCUGUCUUUUUACUGUAUUCUUUUGAUACGCUCUGUUUUGAUUUAUGUAAUUCAUGCUGAGUGGGGUGCAAACCUCAAAAGGCAAGUUGGGGAAUUCUUGCAGAUAAAUAGUUUGGCACACGUGCAAUGCCUAUAAGCUGGUCUCGUGAGUUGGGGCACCCCUUUGACCCUCUUUCACCCUAUGCCUCUGCAGCUGGAAGGAGCGUUCCCAGACACCAUGACCAAGUGCGCAGAGCUUCUCAACCGGACCAUCGAAGUGGAUUUUGUGGACAUCAAUGUGGGCUGCCCUAUCGACCUCAUCUAUAACAAGGUAGCCCAUUAAGCCCUUCAAGCACGCUAGUGCUUUCAAGCACUAAAAAGGUAAAGGCAAAGGACCCCUGACAGUUAAGUCCAGUAGCGAACGAUUCUGGGGUUGCGGCGCUCAUCUCGCUUUAUUGGCCGAGGGAGCCGGCGUUUGUCCGCAGACAGUCUUGUAGCCAGCAUGACUAAGCCGCUUCUGGCGAACCAGAGCAGCGCACGGAAACGCCGUCUACCUUCCCGCCGGAGCGGUACCUAUUUAUCUACUUGCACUUUGACAUGCUUUUGAACUGCUAGGUUGGCAGAAUUCCCUUCACAAUUCAACUCAGCCCGUUACUUAGCUUGGAAGCGAUGGGGAGCCUCAAAGGAACUUCUCCAAGUCUUACAAAAUUGCAGCCCACCUUUUUUUUCCUUUUAAGUAAAAGUUCUGCAAGUUGACACCUCUCUCUCCUUCAAGCUGAUGGACCUGUGGCAAAACCUAUGGGAAGCCCAGACCAUCAAGGACCAAAAUCAGUUCUGAGAUUAUGACCUUCACUCUCCCGCCCCCCAGUGAUCUUUCAGAACGUGCUUCACUCUCCUCUCCUUUCUCUUCCCAGGGGGGAGGAUGUGGCUUAAUGAGCCGUCCCAACAAGUUUGAGCAGAUUGUCCGAGGCAUGAACUACGUAAGUUGGUGUGUGUUUUUUUCCCUUGGCUGGCUCCUAGCAGUCCUGGAUUUCAUUCGUGCUUCUGUUCCCCCGCGUUGCUCCUUCUUGCAACCACAGUCAUCCUCUUCGUAUCAGCUUUGCACAGUGUCACAUAAUCUGCAAGCUUUGACCCGUUUAUUGGCCCCUGCUUUGUGGCGAAUGUGUCCAGGGCCCAGGGCAGACCAGCAAGAUGGGUGGGGUAUCAUAAUCAUAAUCAUCACAAGAUUAUGAUUACAAGGCCCUUGUGGUGGGGCAUGGGGUUCUUCGAUACGAUAAUCUUUAUUAUUGUCCCAUACAGAACAACAAAAUUGGGGGGGGGGAUCUACAUAAGACAUUCAGAAGCCAACAAGCCUGCUAUCCCAGCCUGGUUAGCCCCCUAAAAACUCUGAUACCCCAUAAUACAAUAUACUCCCAUAGAGACUACCUUGCACUGCGUUUAAAAACAAAAUCGCAUUUAAACAGAAACUGUUUCUCAGGCGGCUAGUCCUAGUCUUUAUAACCCUGUACCUUCUUCCAGAAGGCAGAAGCUGAAAGAGAUCAUUUCCGGGGUGCGCACUGUCCUGCGCUAUCUCUGCAGCUUUCUUAUGGCACCUGGAAGCAUAGAUUUGAUCCAAGGUGGGAAGAGUGCACCCAAUUAUUCUCUCCGCAGUCUUUACAGCCCUGGACAGCAUUGUGUUUUCCCUGACCGUGCAGCUCCCAAACCACUCUCAGUCGUGGGGGCUGGCUUUUGAGUUUCCCACCUGGUACAGAAGUCGCUGGUCUCAAAAAGGGAUUACUCUACUCUGUGGCCCCCUCUGUGCAUUCUCGGAGCAGCUGUUGGUGAAAGCUUUCGGCAAAGGAAUCUCCAGAGUCCAGCUUCGUCGCGCUCAGGUUCGGCUCCCGAGGCACACUUCGCUUGGCUCACCGUUCCUCUUUUCCUCGGCAGGUGCUAGAUGUUCCCUUGACCGUGAAGAUCCGGACCGGGGUGCAAGAGAAAACCAACCUGGCUCACAAGCUAAUUCCCAGCAUCCGGGAGUGGGGUGCCUCUAUGGUCACGGUAUGGUAGCCUUCCUUAAGCCACAUUCAGAUGAGCAGUAACUUCAUUUAAAAAAAAUAAAUGCACACACCCUACUAGAUCAGACUAAAGUUACACCAUCUAGCCCAGGGGUUGUCAACCUGGUCCCUACCGCCCAUUUGUGGGCAUUUCAGGAUUCUAGGUGGGUGGUAGGGAGUUCUACCGCACAAAGCGAAUCCUUCCAUUGAGCACUGGUAAGGAAAUUUUAUCGAGAAGUGGGUGGUAGGUAUAAAAAGGUUGACUACCCCUGAUCUACGGGACACGGGUGGCGCUGUGGUCUAAACCACAGAGCCUAGGGCUUGCUGAUCAGAAGGUCGGUGGUUCGAAUCCCCGCGAUGGGGUGAGCUCCCGUUGCUCGGUCCCUGCUCCCGCCAACCUAGCAGUUCGAAAGCACGUCAAAGUGGAAGUAGAUAAAUAGGUACCGCUCUGUCGGGAAGGUAAACGGCAUUUCCGUGCGCUGCUCUGAUUUGCCAGAAGCGGCUUAGUCAUGCUGGCCACAUGACCCAGAAGCUGUCUGCGGACAAACGCCGGCUCCCUCGGCCAGUAAAGUGAGAUGAGCGCCACAACCCCAGAGUAGUCUACGACUGGACCUAAUGGUCAGGGGUCCCUUUACCUUUACUUUACCCCUGAUCUAUGCCAAUAUUCUGUUGUCUCCAGCAACAGAUUUUUAUUUUAUUUUAUUUAUCAUCAUAUUAUUGUAUUAUUGAUUACCAUAUUUUUUGCCCUAUAGGACGCACUUUUUCCCCUCCAAAAAUGAAGGGGAAAUGUGUGGCGUCUAUGAGGCGAAUGCAGGCUUUCGCUGAAGCCUGAGAGCGAGAGGGGUCGGUGCGCACCGACCCUCUCGCUCUCCAGGCUUCAGGAAGCUAUCCGCAAGCCGUGGGAGCCCGGUGCAAAGUCGCGCAGCUCUCCCACAGCUUGCGGAGAACUGCCUGCAUCCUGAAGCCUGGGGCAAAUAUCCGCAAGCCUGGGGAGACUGGCGCGGAGCGAUCUCACACACGCCUUAAAAUGCUGCCUUUGAGAAGCCCCUACACGAGACACAAAGGCGUCAGUCUUCCCCUGCUCUUGCCCUUUGGCAACCAAUAUCCUAAAGUAGGCUGUCUCUGCAUGUGGAGGUUCUAUGGUGCAAAGGUUGUGGGGGUUUGUAGACCACAUCUCUGUUCUUACCUAAACAUUUCAAAAAGCGGUGUGUCAACUGUCCCUUUUCUUUUCUUUUUAUAAAUAAUUUUUAUUAAAUUCCCAAUUAACAAACCAAUCUUAUCACAUUAGUUAUACCAAAUUAUACCAAUACAUAAUAAACUCCAAAUAAUUAGCCAGAUUUUAAAUUUUUUGUUGGGGGUACCCAUGCUUUGAGUUCAGUAAGGGUCUAAUCAUCUCAUAUUUCUGCUGCUUUGAUAUUCACAAGUCCCAUCUUCCCAUCUCCUUGCUGUUAUCCUUUUUCUUCUUAAUAACCUCUGAGUGUUUCCACAAGCAAGUUGAAUCAAGCAUUAUUUAUGUUUCUGUGUGAACUUUGUAACACUCUCCCGUAAUUCAUCUGACACGGUGAUCCAAAAGUCCAAAAGUCCUGUUCGAGUGGCAGGCGCCAUUUUUGACAGUUCCGAUGAAAUACAGUCUGAGCGUCUUGCUCCUUAAUUUUCCCAGACCAGUUGCACCAUAAAUUAGCCUUUCCAGGGGAGUUUUCGCCCAUUCAGAUUUACAAUCCUCACAUAGUAGCAAAACAAUGGCUCAGCUCCCCCUUUGACUGUAAAUAUCGCAACGAAGUCUGUCUCGUAAUGGCGGAUCUCAUAACUACGCAACAGGAAAGCCUUUCUCCUUCCAGAUCUUCCACAAAACAAAGUCCUUAGUUAAUAUUUUCAUUUCCACACAGUUUGUUUUCCAAUCUCACUUGCUAUCGAUCAAUCAUGUGACGGUUCUUCUAGGAGAGGGGUUGUUAAGUAAAGCAUAUUGAAAAAGAAAGAAGUUUUUUUCCCCUCCCCCUUCCAUUCCGUUUCCACAUACCGACAUAGCUGUGAUUCUUCGCUGCAGUCUUCUGUUCAUUCCAUCCCAUCACUAACUUCUCAUCGGUAGAUUUAAUUAGCAGAUAAAACACCCUUUCCUUCGCUCAAAGCAUGUGCAUUUACUCACAUCCGAUUGUCAACUGUCCCUUUUCUGACCCCGUUAGCUUCAUGGCCGGUCGAGGGAGCAGCGGUACACAAAGGCCGCAAACUGGGAGUACAUAGCAGAGUGCGCAAAAAUUGCCAGUCCGAUGCCUCUUUUCGGUAGGUAGUUCUGUUCUUUCUGCGUGCUGGUUUUGCUUCCUUUGCGUUGAAUCCGUCACUGCAACAUAUUUUGGGCUUGGAGGUAAUGCUUUGUUGCAGUUUUUGGGCUCAGAUUGCUUUGGCUGGGUUUGCCUCCCUCUCCAUCCUGCCGCCUUUUCCUCCUCCUGCUUCUGAAUGAAUGAAUUUUAUUAUUACGGUCACAGACCAGUUCCGGCUCACUUACAGUAUCAGGAAAAUCAUAAAACACAACAGGAAUACAUAGAAUUGCAAUUGGGUAUAACAGAGACAAUUCGGAUAUAGCGGCAGUUAAAAAUAUAUAUUAAAUCUUGAUCAUUAAAAUAUAACCUAAAAUUACCAUUUAAAACCUCAGUCAUUUUGGUAGUACAGCUUCUUCCCUGAGUUUUAUGGCAGUCACACAGAAUCCUGCUUCUGCAAUCUUUGGAAAACCCACCUUUUCUCUUGCCAUACAGUUAACCUUCCCAUAUUUGCGCUACCGCCCUGCCCCACCUUCCCACAGCGCAAGAGCUCAAUGAAGUAAGUUCAGGACAGGCAAAAGACCCCUAACUUGUGGGAUGAAUUAAGAUGAUCAGAAAUAUCUAUGGAGGAGGAAGAGAGGUCUGCCAGCUAUAACCACUAAAACAGAACCUCUGUAUUCAGAUGCACUCUACCCCAGUACCAGUUGCUUGAUUAAUGGAGGGGGAGAGGCAACAGCAGAGAAGGAUUGCUGUCUUCAGUCGCUUCCUGGUGGCAUCUGGCUGGCUACUGGUCAGAAACAAGAUGCUGGUCCAUAUAGACCUUCCUUAGUCCGGCCCAUCAGGACUCUUCUUUGUAGAUCAGUGGUCAGCAGCCGAACUGGCCUGUAGGCUGCCACAAAGAACGUCACAGGGGUCAAGAAGCAAUUCGUUUCUCUCCUCUCUGAAAUCUCUAGAUUGGGACUCUUGGAGGUGAGUGAAGACUACAGGAGACGUGUGGCUCGUUGUUGCCCGGUCAUUCUGAACAGUUUCCCUCUUUUCUUGAAGACAUCAAUAAAUGCUUUGGAUUUGAGAAGCUCUUUUUAGUGCCAUCAGGGACGCGGGUGGCGCUGUGGGUUAAAGCACAGAGCCUAGGACUUGCCGAUCAGAAGGUCCGAAUCCCCGUGACGGGGUGAGCUCCCGUUGCUCGGUCCCUGCUCCUGCAAACCUAGCAGUUCGAAAGCACGUCAAGUGCAAGUAGAUAAAUAGGUACUGCCCUGGCAGGAAGGUAAACGGGGUUUCCGUGCGCUGCUCUGGUUCGCCAGAAGCGGCUUAGUCAUGCUGGCCACAUGACCCGGAAGCUGUACGCUGGCUCCCUCGGCCAGUAAAGUGAGAUGAGCGCCACAACCCCAGAGUUGGUUACGAUGGACCUAAUGGUCAGGGGGGUCCCUUUACCUUUACUUUUUAGUGCCAUCAAGUAGGGGCAGGCCUGGACCGGAAGCUGCCUGCUGGUUCUCCCUUCCCAGUCCUGUUUCUUAAAUAGUAAACUUCCUGGGCAGCACUCUGCAUGCUGCCGCCGCAAAAUAAGCAGGAAGGAGGAGGUGUCUUGGAUGUUAGCGGUUUUUUGUGCAACCUCAACCUCAUUUACAGACAGGGCUGUUUCAAAUCCAUUUACAGUCGUACCUUGGUUUUCAAACGCCUUGGGAGUCAAAUGUUUUCGCUCCCAGAGAUCGCAAAGCACAAAUGAUUGUUCCGGUUUUGAAAAGUUCUUUGGGACUCAAAUGUCCAACAUGACUUCCACGGCUUCCAGUUGGCUGCAGGAGCUUCCUGCAACCAACUGGAAGCCGUGCCUUGGUUCCCAAAUGUUUUGGAAGUCGAACGGACUUCCGGAACGAAUUCAGUUUAACUUCCAAGGUAACACUGUACUUGCAAAAGGCAUCGCUGUGACCAGGGGCAGAUGAAAGAGCUAUAAAUAAGUGCUUGGAACUAUUAAGAGAAACAGUGAAGAAGAAGAAGAAGAAGAAGAAGAAGAAGAAGAAGAAGAAGAAGAAGAAGAAGAAGAAGAAGAAGAAGAAGAAUUUAUAUACCCUGCCCAUCUGGCUGGGUUUCCUCAGCUGCUCUGGGCGGCUCCCAACAGAAUAUUAAAAAUCCGAUAAAACAUCAAACAUUAAAAACUUCCCUAAGCAGGGCUGCCUUCAGAUGUCUUCUAAAAGUCAGAUAGUUGUUUAUUUCCUUGACAUCAGAUGGGAGGGUGUUCCACAGGGCGGGCGCCACCACCGAGAAGGCCCUCUGUCUGGCAAAACAGCAUCUGAAGCAUUUGGGAUUGCUUUGGUGACCCCUGAAUUAUUAUUUUUUUCCUUUUGGCUCAGGGAACGGAGAUAUCUUGUCUUUCGAAGAUGCUAAUCAAGCCAUGCAGAGUGGAGUUUCGGGAAUUAUGAUUGCUCGGCAAGUGUCUUCCCUUCGUUUUGGGUGGUCUGGAGAAGAAAGCACCCUUCGUUACCCUCGUGGGUUUUUUCCAAGCAGAAGGUUCCGGUUCAGUCUCUGGCUUCUCCAGCUAUGGCUGGCAAAAACUCGCGCCUAAAACCCUGGAAAGCCAGUCAAUGGCUGGGUUCAGACACAACUCUUGGAUCAGCCUUUAGUCUGUGUGUGAUCUCUAUGCAAGUAAACAAGCUGCAGAGCAGUUGGCUUACAGUUGUGCAGCUUGCUUUACUCCAAACUGCAGCACACGUUAGCAUUCAGCUCAUGCACAGACGUAAGGUGCUUUGUGGCUUAGAAGAGUUUGGAUUUGAUAUCCCGUUUUAUCACUACCCUAAGGAGUCUCAAAGUGGCUAACAUUCUCCUUUCCCUUUCUCCCCCACAACAAACACUCUGUGAGGUGAGUGGGGCUGAGAGACUUCAAAGAAGUGUGACUGGCCCAAGGUCACCCAGCAGCUGCAUGUGGAGGAGCGGAGACGCGAACCCGGUUCCCCAGAUUACGAGUCUAUCGCUCUUAACCACUACACCACACUGGCUUAGGGGUUGUGUUAAAGCUCAGCCAUUGAAGACAGUACAGUCGUACCUUGGUUUUCAAACAGCUUAGUUCCCAAAUGUUUUGGCUCCUGAAUACCGCAAACCUGGAAGUGAUGGUUCGGUUUGCAAACUAUUUUUGGAAGUCAAAUGUCCGACGGAGCUUCCUGCAGCCAAUCAGAAGCCACGCUUGGGUUUGCGACCAUUUUGGAAGUUGAACGGACUUCCAGAACAGAUUCCGGUCGACUUCCAAGGUACGACUGUAGUAACCUAGAUGGUCUGGCACAGAGUUCACUGGGCGGUUCGCAUCACUCGGUUCCAAGGCUAGAAACGUACCAGUGUAUGAAGGCAGGUUCACAACUUCAUUUCCCAGCCCCAAAGGACUAAGGUUAAGAUUGCCAUUACAAAAUCAUUUCCAGCUGUAAUAGCAGAAGCAGGCGUGGCUGUCACAGAAGACAGAGGAGGCGUGGAUCCUCAUUUCGAAAUAAUACAUGGAGCUAAACAGAAAGAAAAGAGAAUAAUCCUGAGCCUUGCUGAACAUAACACUAUACAGUAAUGGUCGGGGGGUGAGGAGGGGGAGGAGAGACUUGCUUAAGAUCCAUGUGGUCGAUCAUACGGUAGCCUAAGCCCACAUUAUAGCCACAUCUUUCUAAAGGGCACGGGCCAGAUAUCUGCCAUAGCCGCUGUUACUACCCCUGCACACAAUUGCUGGUUCUGGCUCCAUCUUUUGCUAUGGCUUAGUGGUCAUAUAUCUGUUUGCAAGGAGAAGGUUCCAGUUCGGUCCCCGGCAUCUGGGAAAAGGCUCCGAGGGGAUCACCGACUGGCAAAUUGUCCUCUCCCAUUCCCUUAGAUUUUGCCGGUGGUGGGGCUGUUUGAACAUGGAAUCGCCUGGGGGUAUAAAAUCAUAAUGAUGUAUUACUUUUGAAUCCCAAUAGUUGCCCUAGUGGAUUCUUGCUAUGCAAUCUAGAUUGCAAAAAUAUUCGGUGACGUGCUUGUGUUUCUCCUCGCGCACUUACGUUCUGCCAGGGCGGCAGGCAUACCGCUCGGGGACUUGGCUCUAGAACUUGAGCAUUUCCAUGUGUGUGUGUGUGUACGUGUAGAUUCUGCUCCUGUUUUCUCACGGCGGCCGUUCUUCCGGGUCACAGGGGGGCGCUGAUCAAGCCCUGGAUCUUCACUGAAAUCAAAGAGCAGCGGCACUGGGACAUCUCGUCGGGAGAGAGGCUCGACAUCCUCAAGGACUUCACCAACUACGGCUUGGAGCAUUGGGGAUCAGACACGCAGGGAGUGGAGAAGACCAGGAAGUUUCUGCUGGAGUGGCUCUCCUUUCUCUGCAGGUAGAAGCUCCUCCUCAGCCCUUACUAAGUCAUUGCAUUUUGCCUUUCCAUCCAGGUAUCAAUAACAGCUUCUCCUGUAAGGAGCUUAUGUCAGUUCAGGUAUGAAACUCCUUUUUGUAAGGUAGGCAAGACUGGAUCCUGCAAUAAACAUCUUAACACACCACUAAGUUCCUGCUGUGUGUGACACGCUGCAGGGACAUCCUACCCAUCAGCUGCUUCUUAGGCUUUGGAGAUUUUGAGAAACAAGUCCAUGUACUUUAAAAGCCUAGCUUGACACCGGGGAAAGCUAGAAGCUUGCUGCUAACGACGACCAGAUACAGUGGAUGUUUUUUAAAGCACUAUAUAUAUGCCUGCUAAGUGUGAGUUCAUAGUAUCACUGCAAUUAAAAUUGGGGCAGCAUCAAGAGAGAUAGCUGCCGCUUCGUCUUUCUUUAUUCGUCAGUGGUGUUUCCUCCUCCCACUUACUCAAAAGGGAGGGCUUCACAACAGCCUUGUUUUGACUCUGCCCUGUAUCUCCCAUGCUUAUAGCUGCAGCUAGAUUUUGAAUAAGCCUAACUUCUGGGGUGAGUGGGAAGAGCAACCAAGAUGAGGCUGUUUUCCUACUGUCAUGGAAAAUGAGUCUUCCUUUCUUCCUUCUUUGGCACUUUGGCAGGCUGGAAUGCGGGUGGCGCUGUGGUCUAAACCACUGAGCCCCUUGGGCUUGCCGAACAGAAGGUCGGCAGUUCGAAUCCGCACAACGGGUGAGCUCCUGUUGCUCUGUCCCAGCUCCUGCCAACCUAGCAGUUCCAAAGCACACCAGUGCAAGUAGAUAAAUAGGUACUGCUGUGGCGGGAAGGUAAACGGCCUUUCCCUCACAAUGUCCCAUUGCGCCAGAAUCGGUUUAGUCCUGCUGGCCACAUGACUGGGAAAGCUGUCUGUGGACAAACGCCGGCUCCCUCAGCCUGAAAGCAAGAUGAGCACCGCAACCCCAUAGUCGCCUUUGACUGGACUUAACCGUCCACGGGUCCUUUACCUUUACUUUUUUACUUUGGCAGGUACAUUCCAGCCGGCUUACUGGAGCGCCUGCCUCAGAGGAUUAACGAAAGACCCCCUUACUACAUGGGCCGGGACUAUUUGGAGACCUUAAUGGCAAGCCAGAACGUGGGCAACUGGAUUAAGAUCAGGUAAAAAGGGUUUGAACUUUUGCAGUUGACAGUUUUCUGUGCAUGUUAAGCACACAACUGCAUGCGUGCACUGAGGAGGAAGAGAGCGGGAGAGAAGAUUAUUUCAGCUGCUAUGAAGGCUGAUAUAGAACCAGGCCAGAAAUGUGGGUUUUGGCCCUUGAAGGGAGUGACUAGUUAAAGCUAGAACUGGACCCUAUUGCAUCUGAUCCAACACAGGCCAUGGGGCUUCCUAUCUCCCAAAUCCAUAAGACGGCCAGUGGGAAGGGAACAACUUUUGUGUCCCAAACCAGGACAAAACUCUUCUAGCCCAGCUGUGUAGGAAGAGAAAGCUCAGAUCACUCGGCUGUGAAUCUCACUCAGAUGACCUUGGGCUAGUCCUGAUCUCUCAGCCUACCUUGCCUCACGAGCUUGUUGCGAGGCGCAAAUCUCACUCCAAGGAACAAGGAGAAGUACAAAAAGGGCAAUGCAAAUUCUCUCCCAACAUCCCAGCUGAAUUGCCUUCCUCUCUGUCAUUCUUUUCGUAGUUCCUUAUAGAAAUUGGGGGAAUGGCAUGCAGCUGUCUAAAAAGUUCGCCUCUGAGAUUUCUGUCAUGGCAUUUUUGUGCCCUAUGGGGUUUUCAUCUCAUAAUAAGAGUUCAGUAGCCUGUCGUGCAGGGACGCGGGUGGCGCUGUGGGUAAAACCUCAGUGCCUAGGACUUGCCGAUCGAAAGGUCGGCGGUUCGAAUCCCCGCGGCGGGCUGAGCUCCCGUCGUUCGGUCCCAGCUUUACCUUUACCUAGCCUGUCGUGCACAAAGUAUCAUCGCAGGUGUGUGUGCUGUUGGAAGAAUCUAGAGAUGUAUCUGCAGUUUUCUCAAUUUCUCCUUGCAGUGAGAUGCUUCUGGGUCCUGUUCCGGACAGCUUCACUUUCCUUCCAAAACACAAGGCAAAUUCUUACAAGUAGGAGGAUCGUCGUCGUUGGGGCAAGAUAGGGGGAAGCGCUGUCUCCAAUGCACAUCUUACGUAUCUCUUGGUUUUGAAUAAUAAUAAAAAAGGUUCUAUUUUUUAUUUGGCUGCUGUGUGUAGUCAACCUCAAGGAUGAUUUCCCCUGACAACCUCUCCUGGACAUUUCAAGAUGGCACUGAUCCAGUUGCUUUUAAUUGCCAAUACAUGCAUUUCAUUGUCUGAUCCAGAGCGAAGGGCAGCUGUUAGCUGUUAAAUAGCACAUAUGGAGUCCAGAGGGAAAAGUCUUAACAAUGGUUUCAACUGGGGAAAGGGACAAAGAGGUUUUGCCCUGCCUUAUGCAUUGCAGGAAGACGUUCAGCGAAACAUACAGGAGGAAAACUCCCACAGAAUCCCACAGCCAAUUAGAGCAGGCCUCAGCAUCAUGCCACUCUCGACUGGUUGUUAAGCAGCAACACCCCCCCAACUCCCUUAGGUGGAGAAUGAUUAACCCCUUAAGUUAUAAAAACUCUUGAGGGCCAGUCGCCACCUCUGUCAGCUGAACCUACCUCACAGGGUGGUGUUAUGGAUAAAAUGGGGAGGAUAAAUAUGCCCAUCUUCAGCAGCUGAGAGGGAAAGGUGGGUAGCAGAAAUAAUAUUAUUGCAGCAUAAUAUUAUUUAGACCUUCCAAGUGUCCUUAUUUUCCAGGGACAGUCCUGGAUUUACAGAAGCCAUCCCGGUUUCUGAUUUAAUCCCGGGAUGUCUUGCUUUUUCUUAGAACGCAUCUAUUUUCAUGGCAGAAAUGUUGGAGGGAAUGGAGUUAUCUGACCCCCAAGUCACUAUAAACAGGGGUGCCCAAACUUUUUUCAAAGGCCAGAUUUGAUGAAGUGAACAUGCGUGAGGGCCGACCAAAGUUGUUGAGCUUUUUUUAUGAUUUUAUCCCAAAGUUCUGGAGUCUUUUUAGGAUCGAUCGAAGUUGUUGAGCUUUUUGUAGUAUUUGACCCCAAGAAAUAAACUGCCACAGAGGCCGAAUAAAACCGGAUUAGGCCCCCAAAACGAACUUUGGACAUGCUUGCUAUAAAACCUUUGGAAGAUACCUGAAGGCAGCCCUGGGUAGGGAAGUUUUUAAAUGUUUAAUGUUUCAUUAUCACUUUUAAAGUCAAACCUCGGCUCCCGAAUGCCUCCGUUACCAUAUGUUUCAGCUACCAGAUACCGAAAACCCAGAAGUGUUCCAGUUUGUGAAUGUUUUUCGGAAGCCAAACGUCCGACACGGCUUCCGAUUGAGUGCAGAAAGCUUCUGCAGCCAUUGGAAGCCGCACCUCGGUUGUCAAACAUUUCAGAAGCCAAACAGGCUUCCAGAACGGAUUAAGUUCAGCAACCGAGGUUUGAUUGUAUAUAUAUAUUGGAAGCUGCUCAGAGUGGCUGGGGCAACCCAAUCCGAUGGGCGGGGCAUAAAUAAUAAAAUUGAAAUGUCGGCUGGUAUGUAUCAUUGCAGGCAAAUGCUUUCUCUGUACGCUUGCUUAAAAAAAACCCCUCACUCCUGCUUAGACAGCUCUAGAAAGUUGAGGUGGUUUUAAUCUGUUUUAUAGCCUUUUGACUUUUCUUAUUAAAAUAUGGCUGCGGUUAUUGUUAUUAUUAUUUGGUCUUUUCGUAUACCUCUUUGAAGGUUUGUUUUCAAUACUCAAUCGAUAUAUAUAUAUAUAUAUACAGUGGUACCUCGGGUUAAGUACUUAAUUCGUUCCGGAGGUCCGUUCUUAACCUGAAACUGUUCUUAACCUGAAACACCACUGUAGCGAAUGGGGCCUCCCGCUGCCACCACGAUUUCUGUUCUCAUCCUGAAGCAAAGUUCUUAACCUGAAGCACUAUUUCUGGGUUAGCG